UUCACGUCCUAUCAUCAGCACUGUAAACUCGACACUCACAAACAAGUCUUGUAAUACUACCCGGCAAGGCGUUUUCCGUAGGACGAUUAAGCCUGCCGACCAACCCACAGCUCUCGUCCUUCUCGAUAAACUCACUCAUGGCACCGACGCUGCUGCCAAACCGCAUGCUGGACCUGGGCGUGCUGCUAAUUCAGGAGCCGAGCCACAUGACACCCGCGGCAAUAUGAACACCAAACGCUCCACGCGCCGACACAUGAUGGCAGGGUUUCAGUGAGCGGGCCGGGGGACGACGACGGAGACCUGUAGAUCGAGGAGCUAGCAGCAGUAGCAGGCUCGUCUCGGCGGCAUGGCGGCAGCGGCGGCGGGGGCGGUGGCCGCUCUCAUGGCGGCGCUGCUGCUCGCGCUGCUGUGGCGCCUCGCGUGGCGGCCGCGCGCGGUGGCGCGGGCGUUCGCGAGGCAGGGGGUCCGUGGCCCGCCCUACACGUUCCUGGCUGGGUCCCUGCCGGAGAUGAAGCGGCUGCUGAUCGCCGGCCGGGUCGGGGUGGCGCCCCUCGACGCCACCUGCCACGACAUCAUGCCAGUCCUGCUGCCGAUGUUCCACAGAUGGGUCGCUCACUAUGGGAAAACAUUUCUGUUCUGGAUCGGUCCCAUUCCCGCCUUCUUCUCCACUGAUCUUCAUCUGGUUAAGCAAGUGCUCGCGGACAGGACGGGCCUGUACCAGAAGGACUUCCUGAUCCCCGUGCUCAACUUCCUCUUCGGCAACGGGGUCGUGUUCAUCAAUGGAGACGACUGGAAACGCCACCGGAAGGUGGUUCUUCCGGCGUUCACCCAUGACAAGAUCAAGAGCAUGUCGGCGGUGACGGCGGAGGUCACGAAGCAGAUGAUGCAGCAAUGGCGCGAGCAGGCCCACCAGAGCGGCGGCAAGGGCGCGGCCGAGAUAGACAUGAUCGUCGCCUUCAACGACCUGACCUCCAGGAUCAACGGCCGCGUCGCCUUCGGCACGAGCCACCAGGACGUCGAGGAGGUCGUCGCCUUCAUGCGGGAGAUGCAGAAGCUCGCCACAUCGGCCACGCUGGAUGCUCCAAUACUCUGGUAUCUGCCGACUCGGCGGAACUGGCAGGUCUGGCGCGUGAACAAACAGCUGAGGAGCAAGAUCAUGUCGAUCAUGCAGGCGCGGCUGGCCGCCAAAGGCGGCGGCGACUGCGGGAACGACCUGCUCGGGCUGCUGCUGGAGGCGUGGACGCCGCAGCGGAUGGCGGGUGCCGAGACGCUGACGACCGACGAGGUGAUCGACGAGUGCAAGACCUUCUUCGCCGCGGGGCAGGAGACCACCGCCACCCUCCUCGUCUGGGCCGUGUUCCUGCUCGCCGUGCACCCGCAGUGGCAGGACAGGGUCCGGGAGGAGGUCCUCCGGGAAUUCCCCGACGGCGACGCCGGAGAGGCCCCCAGCGCCGAUGUCCUCGGCCAGCUGAAGCUGCUACACAUGGUUCUGCUGGAGGCGUCGCGCCUGUACCCGCCGUUCGUCUACAUCCAGCGGCGGGCCGCCAUGGACGCCGUCCUCGGAGGCAUCAAGGUGCCGCGAGGGACCGUGGUGUCGAUCCCCAUCGCCAUGCUGCACCGGGACAAGGAGGUCUGGGGCCCCGACGCCGACGAGUUCAACCCCAUGAGGUUCGAGCACGGCGCCGCGAAGGCUGCCAAGGACCCCAAGGCGCUGCUGACGUUCUCCAUGGGCCCGAGGGUGUGCACUGGACAGAGCUUCGGCAUCGUUGAGGCGCAGGUUGCCAUGGCGAUGAUCCUCAGCAAGUUCUCCUUCUCCCUCUCCCCGAAGUACGUUCACAAGCCAAAAUAUCUCCUGUCCUUGACUCCCAGGAGGGGGAUGCCUCUGAUCGUGAAGAAUUUAGAUGGGUGACAAACGUUGCAAACCUCGUUGUAGUGUGUGAGAAUAAAUGUACGGCUACCGGCCAGUGUGUGAUAAACGGUGACGUUUUGUCUAGGUAUAACGAAAACUUUUAAAAUACUUUCUACUCAAAUUAGACUUAUCAUACA